AUGUCGCAAGAGACACCUGAGAGUGAGCUCGAACGGCCUGAAGCUUUGGCGCCGAGCACCACCCCAGAAGAAAAAGUUGAUUCCAAGAAAACAUCCGGCAAGAAUGGAUCUGCCAGCAAGGCCAUCACCGUUGGGCAGUUGCCAUAUGUGCGGAAGCACGCGGGUGCUCCCAAGUUGGAACCACCAAGGGCAAGACGAAUGUCAGGAGCUGGAAGCACCGGAGAUCCAUUUGACGGAGACAAUUUGGAUGACAUUCUUAAGUCACUUAUCAGCACCAAAAAGGUGGAUGCCGCAUAUCAACAAUUGGGAAAGCGGAUACUCGCGCUUGAGUCCUAUGUGGAAGUCUUGAGAGGAGGGGCAGGUGAAGAAGCCUUCAUUACACGUAAGGAGUUCAUUGAGUACUUGCAGAAGAGCCAAGAAGAUACGGAAGCGCAACUCCAGGCGGAACGUGAAGCCAGGGAAGCAGCUGAAGAAGCGAGAAGGUUGGAGGCAGAACUCGCAGCGCAGAAGGAGGACCCCAUCCUGAUCGAAAUGCGUGAAGGUUUGAAAGCUCAGGAUGAGAAAACUGACUCUGCCCUGAAGCAAGCGAUGCAUGACGCUCGAAAAGCUGAUGUGGCAAAGUGGACAAGGAUGAAUCAGCUCGAGGAGAUGAUUCAAGGAGUCCGAUUGGAAUUGGGCAUCGAGACGCAAAAGCGACAAAGCGCGGAAGCACGUGCUGAAGAUGCUGUGCUGGAGGUCCAGAAAUCCUUAAAGGAUUUGGAGCUUCGGAUGCAGGUCUUCGCAAUGGAAGAGGCUCAGAAGAUGAUCGGAGCCCUGAUUUUUAAUGGCAAGUCUAAUGGGGUGCAGCUGCAGCAACCAGUCGGGCCUCUUCAGGUUGGAGUCCAGAGCAGGCCGAGUAGCUCUCCCACCGUUGGGCCGGCCAUCACAACAUCAAUGACCGCGACGUCGGGUGAUGUUGAGGAGGAAGCCAUGGUAGCCAUGGACCUCCUGUUGGAUCGGCGUAAGAAGGCUUUCCAGACGGCCUGUCAGGGUGCGACUGGUGCCUAUUCUGGCCCGGAGGACUGGCGAUCAGCGAUGCUUGCCUUGGUGGAUUUGGGGCUUCUUCAGCCAGUCAGAGAGCAGGUGCAAUCAAUUCAGCAAGAUUUGCUCCGUCAACGAGAUCUGAUUGAAAAGAAGAAUCGUGCAAGGGAAAAGGAUAUUGCAGAGGCAAAUGCCAAGGGACAGAAGACGGCGCAACAAUUGAGAGAAGAAUGUGAUACUCGCAAGCAAGAGGCGGUGGAGAACUCCAUUCAGUUUCAGAAGGUUUACAAGGUUAUUCUAGAGUCCAAUGAAAAGUUUACAGAUGACAUGCAAUAUGCCACAGACCGUAUUCGUACCUUACAGAUGUUGAUUGAUGGGCAUACUAAGCAGAUUGAUGGGCAUACCAAGGGCAUUCUGGAAUGCGCCACCAAUGAAGACGCUGCAAGGCUUACGGACGCCAUUCAACAAUGUGUGGGAAAGGAGUCCUUCAGUGGUCAGAUGUCUGACCUGAAAGCGAUUGUUGCUCAGCAAAGUGAGAGAAUUGGCUCCAUCGACCUCCAGGUCGGCAUGCUCACCAGGAACACAAGCUUGAGUCCCAGUGGCAGUAAACGAAGCUUAAAGAGGAUGACCAAGUUGAAAACUAUGAGGAGGGACGCCUCCAAGUCAAGUCUGGCAGCAUCCACUGCACCAGGACAGGACAGCCUGCCUAGCUUCUUCGGAGAGACUGAGGGAGUCGACGAUGACGACGAUGAGGAUGGCGGUCCAGGGUCCAAUGGCAAACUCUCAAAGUCCAAUGGCGGUUCCAGGGUAAGCCUGGCUGCUGGUGACUUCGAGGAGGAGUUGUAUGAUGAUGAGAGUGAGUAUUCAGAAGAUCCAAUGGAGGAACAGAUGCGAGAGCAGGUCCAAGGCAUUUGCAUGGGUCUUGUUUGCUUAGCUCAUCACAUUUUGAGAGGUCCGCCUCAAGUUGGCCUCUCGCGCCAGAAUCGUCUGCUGAAUGAAAAGGAGCUUCUUGAUGAGCUACUGAAUCUGCGACAUUGGAUUACCCAUCGCAGAGCUCCCGCGGACUGGAGCUUGGACCGAUUGACAACAGUGGCUCUAAGAUAUUCGCAUCCCAAUCCUAUGGAGGUCCAUGGACCGCAGCCCGAAAUGACCAGCAUCCUGCAUCAGACCAGAGAAGCACAAGCAGACAGAGGCCGAAGCUAUCCUCUAGAUGUCUCAGUGGGAUCCAUCGGAAUUCCAGGAGGUUUUGGCAGCAGUGCAGGCGGAGGUGCAGGGAUCAUGGGUGGGCCACUUGAGGAUACCACUCUGCUUCCAAGCCCUGCUAGCAAGAUUCCAGGUCUGGAAGGCAGCGCAGUGGCGCCGCCCAAGACCAGCAGAUCUGGCCAAGGCUGGAGGUCUCAUUCCUUGAGUGCGAAAGUACCCAUGUCUGCUCGAGAGCUUCGAGGUCACAUGGCAUCGACUUUGCCACCCCUGCAUUGA